AUGGUCUCAGGGGGCGCGGUGAACCGGCGGACUGUCAACGGGAGAAAGGAGGAAGAGGCUCCUCCUCUUCCUCCUUUCUCCUUGAGGGCGAAAGCACCGGAGAGAGCACAGGCGUCCUCUACCACCAGCGCGGGCGAGGGAAGACUCAGCGCACAAACUGUUCCGCGGCGGAGAGGUCCUGCAGUACGGAUCGGACCGCGGAGGAGCUCGGCACUGAGUUUGGAGAAGGCUAAGCGUGGUGAGCAGUUCUGA